AUGGACAACCUAGUCGAACAUCCGAACCAUUUCGACAACCCAGCCGGCGCUCAACCAGCACCAACGCGCUCGACUAUCAUCGCAAAAACAUACCACUCCAUAAUCGAAUCUUCAACAUGGAACGGCUCACCAGCAGCAAUCAAGAAAUUCAACUUUCCCGCCAAUCCCAGAGCCUCUCAACGCUGGCGCAAGGAAAUCGAGGCUCUCAACCUCGCCAGAGGUCACCCAAACAUCACCCAAAUUCUCCACUCAGACUCCCAAACCCUCACAAUAACCCUCCGUCAAGAACCAGGCCGCAGCCUAGACAAGCACAUCAACACCACAACCUCAUUCUCAACCCUCUCCGCCCAAGAAGCCGCCGCAGUCUGGUCCCAAAUAUCGUCCGCCCUAGCCCACCUGCACGCCAAAUGCAACAUCAUCCACGACGACGUCAAACCAGACAACAUCGUCUUCUUCUCCACCGCCGCCGCCGCCGCCGCCGCGGCGACCACGCUUCCUCCUCAUACUGAGCCAGCACCACACGCCGUCCUAAUCGACUUUGGCGCCGCAAUCACCUCCCCCUACGCCCUGCCCCUCAACGGCUGGACACCCUCCGGCACACCCCCCUACGCCCCACCCGAGUUCGUUGAUCGCUGCAAGUCCUACGCCGGCGACGUCUGGGGCCUCGGCAUCACGCUGCUCUUCUGCUUCGGGUAUAUCCCGCUCCCCGCGGGCGACUGGAUCCUCCCCCACGUGUUUGAGGACGAAAGGGUCAAGGGGGAGAUGGUGGCGUGGCUGGAUGGAAUCGAGGAGCUGCGGACGUCGCCGCGUAUUAGCGGUGAUAGUGACAGGCGUCUGCUCGGUUGGAUGUUGGAUCCGGACCCCGAGGCGAGGAUUGGUAGCGUUGAACUCGCGAGGCUUUUGAAUUCAUAA